GUUAUAACGUGCGAGGCUCUAUAUGUAAGUCAGCCCAAACUGUCAGUCAGCUGUACAAAUGGCUUCAACUUUGGUUCCACGUGUCAGUUCCGUUGUGAGGCUGGUUACCCAUUGCUGGGGAUGGCAAACACGUCAUGUGAACUAACCAAUGAUAACCAUCCACGUGGCCAGUGGUUUCCUGAUCCAAAGGAGCAAAACCCAACGUGUAAAGUGAUGAAAUGUCCACCGUUACGCCUACCAAAGAACGGCGCCAUCUCGUGUAGCGGGUGGGCCCUGGGUGAGACGUGCCAGCUCCAGUGUGAGGACAGGUAUGACAUCCCGUACAACAUGCCCAGUCACGGGCUGUGGGUCUGUUCUACCACUAACGGCGUCUGGGCACCGGACGAUCGGGUACUGGACUGCACACGUAGAAGAAACCCGCGGCGGCUGAGACUACCAGGAGAGGUGUACUACUACAGCGGCAGCUGCGGAGAUCUGCACACACUACAGGAGAUACGGCACAACUUCAUCAGGGCGUUAAACAGUUCUAGUUACUCCCAACUCUGCAUCAAGUUUACUGAAUGCGCGGCAACUAAUGUUAACGUCACGUGUGGUCCUGUUACUCGCAGAGCCCGAGAUGUACACUCCUCAGCAAAAUACCGAGUCCGAGUUGGGUUCUCUAUAGAGAUCACACCAACAAACGAGUCGCUCACACAACAGGACAUGUACAGACUGGACGAGACCCUGAACCUGAUGGCAGCGGCAGUGGAAGACGAUAUUGCAGAAGGACGGUUCAACUUGGACUCCGUACGCGUGAAAGACAUGGCCCUGGAUUUGGACGUGAACUCCGUGUACUUUGAUUAUCCAGAGAUGGAGUGUCCAUACGGCACAGUUCCACGCUACAACACACAGUCAUGUGCCAGCUGUUCUACCGGCACGUUCUAUGAUGAGGCAGUUCACGAAUGUACGGAGUGUCCGCGGGGUCAGUAUCAGGAUCAGGACGGACAGUUGGAGUGUAAAACCUGUCCACCCGGUACAUCUACUGUACAGACUGCUGCAACAUCAGUACUGGACUGCAAAGGCUUGUGUCCACCUGGAAAGUACUCCGCUACAGGCCUAGAGCCCUGUUCUACUUGUCAGAUCAACACAUUCCAACCAGGAAUCGGCAAGACCUUCUGUAAUCGCUGUCCAAAUACCACUGUAACCAAGUAUGCGGGAGCUUCUUCGUGUGAAGAGCGUGAAUGA